AUGGCUCGUUGGCUGCUUCAUAUUCUGAUUAUCACUUCUCUUCAUCUCAUCUCUCUAUCAAGUCAACACGAAACAAGGUUUGUUUAUGAAAACUUUCUUGACCAAGAAGAUCUUUAUCUAGAUGCUUCUGCAAAGGUAGUUCCCAGUGGAUUAUUACAGCUGACAAACACUUCAAUGAAUCAAAUUGGUCAUGCUUUUUACAAGAAACCAGUUGAGCUCAGUUCCUCUAAACCACUCUCUUUCUCAACGCAUUUCGUGUGUGCUCUGGUGCCUAAGAAAGGUCAUGAAGGCGGCCAUGGUAUUGCCUUCCUAGUAUCUCCUUCACGAGAUUUCUCACACGCAGAGGCAACAAGUUACUUGGGGGCUUUCAACGCAUCAGCACUUGAAUCAUCUCCCUCUUCUCACGUUCUUGCUGUUGAGCUUGACACUAUUUGGAACCCUGAGUUCAAUGAUGUCUUUAACAAUCACGUGGGGAUUGAUGUGAACAGUCCUGUAUCUGUCGGAGUAGCUUCAGCAUCUUACUAUUCAGACAUGAAAGGAAAAAACGAAGGCAUAAACCUCUUGAGCGGAAAGCCUAUACAGGUUUGGGUGGAUUGUGAAGGCACUGUAAUCAAUGUUGCUAUUGCUCCACUUAAAGUCCAGAAGCCAACAACAGGUGCAGCGGUCAGUGAUCAAUACAUUCUUGGGUGGAGUUUCAGUACAGACAGAGGAUCACUGCAGCGACUUGAUAUCUCAAGACUUGUUGAAGUUCCUCAUUCUUCAGCUCCACAUAAGAAACUUCCUAUCAUUCUGCUUGUUUGUCUAAGUUUUGUGGUUUUGUCUCUUCUUGCAUGA